CAUGAAAGUCUGUGCCAAAUAUCAUUAUAAUCCUUCCAUUAUUUGUUGGGAUAUUUUAAUAAAAGGCAAAAACAACCUGUUGGAGGUGUUAGGAGGUGAAGAUGCACCAGGUUACGGCUCCGGUAGAGGCAUGUGCGUUUUUGAGAGUAAAACAAUUUGAACAGAUUUAAUGUAGCAGAAGAAGGAAAAGAGAAGACUUUGCCGUUGGGAUUUUGAUUCCCCUGAUCUCGAUGUGCGCUCACACGCUGAUAAGUAGCUCACCCAAAAGUGCUGUGUCACCCAAGAGCAGCAAUAACGUGCUUCCAUUCUGCUCCGCCUCACUGAUCUGAUACUGUUUUGUUAUCCCACAGCAAAAGUGAACAAUGGCUGACACUUGAUCCUCAGUGGAAAAAAAGAAAUGUCACUGUAGUCUUUAUUGCCCCCUUGUGGUCAACGGUCAGCUUCUUAAUUAACUACAGCACACACACACGCACUCACACUGGCGACAACACACUGAGAUUGGUGUCGCCCUGAGGCUGCUACUGUCUACUUUGGAUUCAUUUUACAUCUGACGUCAGACGCCAUUCCUCAGAUUCACAGACCGCUUUGUCAGCCUGAAUCUAUCAUUUCAUGCUGGAGCCUAGUGUGUAUUUAUUGCCCCUUUUUUUCCAAUUUGCUCACUUUUUUAUGGACACACACACACACACACACACACACACACACACACACACACACACACACACACACAGAUACCAGAUAAAGGCUAAUACUCUGUGCAGGAACUGUCUGGCCCUGCAUCCUGUAUUGCCAGCUGUUGCCCUCCAGGCAUGCAGAGAUGAACAAAGAUCAACACAGAUAGAUGGAUACGCUCACGUUCACAUAACUCUGACCAGGUAUGUUUGCAGCGGCGCUCCCUCCUCUUCCUACUCUGUGGGGGUGUGUCUUUAUUUCCUCUGCCGUGCAGACUUCGCAUUUCAGAAUUUUCUGAUUUCCUGAACGCACCUUGACACACACCUACAAACUCCAGCCACCUGAGGCUACAAACGAUGCUGUAAGAGGCAGGCGGGAUACUGAAGAAACAUCAGAGAGCAACUGAGGACAGGAGAAGACGAGCUGGAACAGUUUUUUGGAGACUGACAAACGGGAACAUGGGAAUGAUGGACGAACGUGCAGACCAGAGUGAAGAGGACAAGUCUUCCUCCAUGGGAUCCACUCAUUUUUAAACAAGAAUAUUCACACGCAAGCACAAAAAGACUGCAGAUGCUUUUGAGAAGCAUCAGGUAAGUCUUUUAAAAUUCUCUAUAAACCAUUAGUACUUAUUUUAAACUACGCUACUGUUGAAAAGUUUGGGGUCACCCAGGCAAUUUCAUGGUUUCCAAGAAAACUCACAUUUUUAUCCAUGUGCUAACAUAAUUGCACAAAGGUUUUCUCAUCAUCAAUGGGCCUUUAAACAUGAUUAGCUAACACGAUGUAGCAUUAGAACACAGGAGUGAUGGUUGCUGGAAAUGUUCCUCUGUACCCCUAUGGAGAUAUUCCAUUAAAAUUGUAGUCAUUUGCCACAUUAACAAUGUCUACACUGGAUGUGUGAUCAAUUUCAUGUUAUCUUCACUGACAAAAACUGAUUUUCUUCCACAAAUAAGGACAUUUCUAAGUGACCCCAAACUUUUGAAGGGUAGCACAAACGUCAAUAUUUAGAGUAUUUCCUUUAUGGAGCUUGUGGAAGAUGCCUCCAAGAAUGUCAAAAGUUGCCCCAUGACUUCAAGUAUUUUUUAAACAAAAGACUAGCAAGAAGAAGAGGAAUGAAUGCAGAAAUGCCUCUGCACUAUUUUGACUUCAAAAGGAAGUCAGACUGUGUGAACACAAAUUUAGAAUAGGAGCGUAGCUUCUGCGUAGCCUCGAGGCGCUAACAAGUGCUUUUACUUUUUAUGACACAUGAACCGCCCCUCACAGCUAAAUACAGCUUCACAUGAUCAGACACUUGACCUAUUGCAUUUAAAAUCGCAAUUUGUUAUGUAAAAUUAGAUCAGAAAAGGUGUGAGAACAAAACAAAGUGAAGCAAAAAAUAUUGUGCAACUUCAUUAUUAGACAAAUAAACUUAGAAAAAACUUCAUGACAAGAUUUAAUCUGUGGUGUAUCUAAUUAUAUAAUUUAAUGGCUCGACGCUCAUGCAGCAAACUCUGUAGAUCAGGAUUUUUCAAUAAUAAGGUCCUGUGUAAUUGCAGACACUCCCUCUAAUACAGUACAAUGAAGGUACGUGUGCAUGUGGUAAUGACUGUACCAGUAUGAAUUAGUAUGCAGGUACAGGAAAUAUACAAAUACCAGACACCUUAACAGUCAGUGUGCUGAAACAACUGAGUCACGUCUGAAAUGCCUGAAGAUGAUGAAGAGUUAACGCCAAUACACAAGAUAUACAUGCAGAAGAACAAAAAUGAUACAUGUGGGAGACAUUGCUGCGUCUACAAGGUAAGGUAAUAUUAUUUCAGUUUGACAUUGCAGGUGCAGGGGAUACUAUGUAAAACGAGGUUAGUUGCUAAAUUCCUCUUUCUUUUAGUCAGUUUUAGUUCAAAGUUUUAGUUUCACGACUCACAAGUUUACUUUUUAGCUUUAUUUUUGACUUUUUUCAAAGAGCAAAAAGCUCCAGAAACUCGCCCUUCAUGCGUCAGGUGUGUACGAUCAGCCUCCACAUUACUCUGACAGGGGAAGUUAAUAACGCUGAUUAUCUCGUUACAGUGGCACCUGUCAGCGGUUAGGUUAGACAGCAAGAGCAGUGAGUUCUUGGCAUUGACGCAUUUGAAGCAGGGAAAAUGGGAAAGGAAAGGAUUUGAGUAACUCUGAUAAACUGUGGUGGCUAGAUGGCUGGAUCAGGGCGUCUCCAAGAGGUGUUGUGGUCAGUUCCUGGUACGCAGCGGCUACCGAAAGUGACACAAGGAAGGACAACCAGUAAAUAGACACCCAGGUCAUUGGCAAACAUUGAUGCCUGAUCUCACGGGAGAGCUGCUGUUGCACAAAUUGCUGAAAACCUUAUUGACCCACAUAACACUCCUGCAAUUGGCACGAGAUCAAACUGGAUCAUGGAGCAAUGGAUGAAGUCCAAUGUCUGAUGAACUGCGCUUCCUUUAGCAUCAUGUGGAUGACUGAGUGUGAUGCUCUGGGUGUUGUUCUGCUGGGAAACCUUUGCUCCUGUACAUUCAAACAUUGCUACAGAGCGUGGACAUCCCUUCAUUGCAGUGGUAUUGUCUAGGCGCAAUAGCCGCUAUCAGCAGGAUAAUGCUCCCUGCCACACUGCAAAAACUUUAUGAUUGGGUUUGAUGAGCUUGGCAAAGAGUUCAAGUCUCCAAAUCCAAUCAAAAGUGCAAUUGAUUGAGGUAACUUGAGGGGUCUGCUUCACUGCCUGAUACCACAGGACACCUUCAGAGGUUUUCAGCGGGUCUCAAUCAGGCAGGGGGUUUUAAUGUUGUGGCUGAUCUGUGUAGAAGUUAGUUAGAGCCCUGUUUUUAUGACUUCUGUUCAAAGAAAAAUGAUCACAUACCCUACAUGCAAUACAAAAGACAUUAUCUAAGGAAUAUGCUGCGUCCACCAACAAAACGUGUUCUUGUUCAUUGUCCAUCUCUUGGACAAUGAACUUGCUUUUUUAACUAGCUUUGUGGUUGCUGUAGUUGGGCUUUUUCCGCCUUUUAUUCUAUAAUAUUUACAAUAUUUUGAAAUUGUAUACUGUGAUAUAAAAGUCAGAUUUAGGUCUUAAAGUUAUCGUGUUUUGGUGCUGUAGGUACUAAUUGUGGGCUAUCAACCUGUAGCUGUCGUUACUCAACAAUUAAAGUUCCUAUUUAGUGGCUAUUGUAGUUGUGGAGACCAAACCAGAACAAAAGUGAAUUCAUCAGGUGAUCAGAAAAUCCACUCUAAGAUAAAGAUAGUCGGGUAACUUUCAUCAUGUGAGUUUUCUAAGAUGAUAAUAUGUGAGUGCUGUGUUUUUUACUUGUUCCUCUCUUGCUUUCAUGGCAGGUUACAUAAUUUCUCACCAAGUAACGUCACAAACAGUCAAUAAAGUAACAAAGGAGUCUUACAGUGGUGUGUUCUUACUUAGGAUGCUUUCAUUUUGCAGAAGACCUGCACAGUAUUGUGUGAAUCUGACUUCUACAGUCAUGAACUCGGGUGUUUCGUGCAACAACAACACGUUAAAGGUGUAAACGCAGUCAGGUGCAACCCAAUCUGCCGUGCCCACCCCUGCCCCGCGGUCAAUCCUUCACUGUACACAAAGGCAGGGAUACUAUUAGAUCGUUUUAACUUACAAGCUGUAAAGGAGAAUUUCUGUGUAAUCCCACGGCUGAAACAAUGAUACACUGUGAUCGUGUCCAUUUCUAGGAACACAGAUUUGCACGAAAGAGGAUGAGUGUUACAUAAAUAUGGGAAGAGGAAGCUGGCAAGCAUGCAAUGCACUUCUUGUCACAAAAGAGGCUUGAAAUUUGAUUUGAAUGUUCGUGACAGUAUGGCUGAGUGACAGAGAGGUGAAAUGACAACUAGACCAAAAUUAAACCAAAAGGGAGAGGAGGAUGAAUUAACUGUGUUGCCUCAUGUUCAUAGGAGGAUGUAUAGCCUUUGCUUCAAAGGACUGUGGAGAUGGAGACCUCGGUCUGUUCUGUUCAUCUGGUUGCUGCUGCUGGCAGCUGCUCCACCUUCAGCCCAUGGCUAUUUCCUGGGAGACAUUAAGGCAGUAUUAAAUGGCUGCAAAGACCAUUGGACCCUGCAGGACAGGGCCGCCAUGCCGCGGCUUUACCAGAUGACCGUAUGUGUGAACAUUCGUGUGGUUGUUCCAGGACACUGGUUUGCCUUCUCUUACAGCUCGGUCCAUGCACCCUGGCCUGAGUUUGGUCUGGAGGGAGAUGAGCACGCAAUAUACGUGCAAUUUCUAAGAGUCCGACACGAAUUUCGUCUGCAGCUCUCCCUGUUGCAUUGGCACCAGGUGUGUCUGAGGAGAGACGUCCCGGGCAACACUUUCAGCCUGGAGGUUGAUGGGAGAAUGGUGUCAAAGAGGACGGUCAUUGCUAGCGCCAUCCCCCCCUACGGCUCCCUGUGGCUGGGCUGUCGUCCCAGAGAACAAGCCCCAAAGAGCAAUCUCGGACAGGUGGAGCUGUACUUGUUCCGCAUGUGGUCGGACCUGGGUAACCAUUGGCACUGUGAGGACGGCACUGUGAUUGGCUGGGACUCCCAUUAUUGGGGGGCGACCAGUCACAAAGCUAUACGGAGAGACCCCUACCUCCACUGUGCUACUACUCUUGGACUUGGACGGUUGUUCCUGCCUUCACCUGACACGCCGUCUUUGCCUGCAUCUUUAACCUCGUCCUCUAACACCAGUCCGGCCAAUCACGUCUCAACAAGCACCCAGACAUCUCCAGGCACAACUCUGCCGGCACAGAUCACAUCUGGAACAUCAGUCUCAUCAGCAUCUCCACUGCUAGGCUGUGACGUCAGCCAACUCUGCUCCAAUACAAGCGCUUACUACUGGAUGCUCAUAAGCGUGGAGGCCAAAGAUGGCAACAAGACUCAAAAAGAUGUCCACAAUUUGGUGUCAAAAGCGUUUGGUUGUCACGCUGACGGCGGUGAUGCAGCACAAGCGGUAACAAGCUUUAUGGAUUUCUGUCAGGGUGACAGACAACUUCAGGUAGUGGAGGUGUCCUGUGGUGCAAAAAUCAAUAUAAGCCAAACAAGCUGCGAUGUGCUGUUGCUGCUCACUCAUGCUGUCUCAGCGUGGGAUCUGCAGCGAGCCGGAGUCUCUGCACUGCAGCAAGCCAGAGAACGAAUGCGAGCGACAAUCAUCGGGGAGGUGGAGAGAGUCGGCAGGAACCUGUGCGAGGAUGUGGAUCCCUCUAGUGGAGGGUUUGUGAGAUGCACGUCUCCUCUGGAUGAUAUCUGUCAGUCAAACAACUCCUCCACGCCAACAUGCUCCCUCUUACAGCUAAACUCCCACCGAGCUCCUCUAACCGGCACACACUCCUGCAGCAGUGAGAGUCUCAAACACAAACAGCCUUUCUUAUUCAUGCAGCUCACUGUGGCUUCUGCUGCUCUGACCAUGUCUGUCUGUGCUGCAGGUGGAGCGCCUCGCCUCUAUGAUUGCACCGCUUUCUGUAAUUCUACAGGCCAGUUUUACGGUUUAAGAAUCAACAUGGACAGUGACGUUGUUAAUAUCACCUCCAUCAGAAGCUUGUUAUUAAACGUAACCAGUUUAUGCAACUCAUCAUCACAAUGCAGGGAUUAUUCAGAGAUAUUGCAGCGCCUCCAGGGUAUUCAUCUGGAAUGUCAGGAGACACCACAGAGGUAAACGCUUCUUUCUUUUUGCCUUUUACGUCUCUCUGAGCCUCUCCGAAAAUGUCAAAGCAGGCUUUUUGUCAGUCUAUUAUGCUUCGAGAUUUUUAAAAAUACAUAAUCAGGUGCAUUAAUAACUAUGCGAGAAGGUUUACAGAGGCACAGAUGACAGGAAUGAGACACACUUGCACAGAAAAUUACUAACCCCAACCCUAGACUUUACAACCAGCUCUGCUCCCAGUAGACCAUUCCCCAAAAAACUCACACUUCUCUCAGUACAACACACACAUUCUGUGAACGAUGAGUAUCUUGCUUCUACAUACGCGAGGAUAUGGGAUAUGUCUUUAGUUUGCUACUAUGGUACAAGCUGUGCAAUAAUAACACUAUCAGUAUUUCUGUUCACCAACACCACUAAUAUAUGACUUUCUGUGUAACUACCUCAUACAGGUGCAAAAAUAGCCACCUCAUUUCUGUGCAAUACUGAACUACCACUCAUAUAUAUUGAGUGCAAUACUGCUGUUAUUAUAAAUGUAUCUUUGAGAGUUUUAUAGAGUUUUAGAACGUUGUAUAGUGUACACCGUUAGAGCAGCUCUUUAAAUGUCGUUGUACUUUGUAUAAUGAGAGUAAUGAUGUUCUGUUCUAUUUUACUCUAUCAGUAAUAUCAACAAAUUGUUUAAAGAUUACAUCCAUCAGAAAUCAUACAGCGACUGAGCAGCCUUGGCGGAGUAUUACGCUCUCUGAGUGCUUUUCUUGUUCGGGUUAUUUUUAUUUUCAUACUACAUUCCUAAAUGUGUGCACUAUCUUUGCUGCUGUAACACUGUAAAUGUCCCCACUGUGGGAUUAAUAAAGGGUUGGCUUGGUUUGGUUUGUA